GCCUUACCACGCUCAACAAGGCCACCGUAUAUUUUUGCAAGGCGCGGUUUGCCUAUGAGGCUCAGGAGCGUGCUUCCGCCCAAGUGCGUUGUGAAGCCGAUGAUCUGGUGAAGAAGGCCAAAGAGCGCCUGCAUCAGAUGCAGCAGGACCCGAACACUGCCCUGGGGCUUGCUAAGGGAAGCACGUCACUUCAGGAGACGGUGAGGAAACAAGUCGAGGAGCUGCAGCUGCUUCGUGCCAAGGUGGCUGCCGUGGAGAAGUCCGACGUGCAGCUCCGCCAGGUUGGUACGGAUGGGGCCGUUCCUGUUUUCGAGGCUGAUGUUUCCAAGAUCAAGGAGGCUGGCUCUAUUGAGUUCCAGAAGUCAUGUGCCUAUGUCGAUGCCGUGAAUGUCCGUGUAAAGGAGCGCCUUGCCCAGAGUUUCGGGGAGUUUUUGGCUAAGAGUGCUGAUCCGCUGAAGGACGGCAUCGGGUUGAUAUCGGGAACCUCCGCCGGUCAGGAGUUCCUUUCAGAGCUUGCUGAUGAUGCCUUCGCCAAAGGUAUGAUCGGCCUUUUGGACGGAAAUCUCCCGGCCCUCCAGCGUUAUCUCCCCACGCUGUUUGAUCCUGAGGCCGCUGGUUUCAAUGCUUCGUUUGUUGAAGCUUACGGGGAGGCUUUGAAGGGCAAGUACCAGGUCACGGACGCCCCCCCCCCCCUCUGGCUGGGUGAGUUUGUCAAAUUUUGCAUUCCAGCCGUACCUCCUGACUUGCCGGCCGUCCCUCCCGAGGCGGCUAAUGUUUUUAAGAUGGCUCACUUCGGCCCUCACGCCUCUGGGUUCAUAGAAAGCUCUUGCAGUCUCAUCUAUAUUCAAGGAUAGCUCCCGGGGGCGUGAUGGUUCCGAUUACUUUGUACUCUUGAUUUCACUCUGAACUCGUGUUUGUUGUACUUCCCGGCCGGUGGAGCCGAUGAAUAAAGUGUACCUUAUUUAUCGCGAUCAUCUUUACCACUUGUCGCCCGCUGGUCUUUUAUUUUUCCCUUCCCCUCUUUUGGGGAUUCCCUAAUGCCUCUCUCCAUUUUUUUUUGGAGAGGUCUUUUGCUUUGUCCCGUCGUCCGUUUGUCUUACCUGCCCAUUUGGCCCGGUUUUUAGGAUCCUGAGCUGGGCUCGGCCGCGAUUGUGAUGCGGAACGGGUUUAUCCCCUUUGGGGAUUCCCUGGUCUUUGUCCCGUCAUCCGUUCGUCUUACCUGCCCAUUUGGCCCGGUCCUUAGGAUCCUGAGCCGGGCUCGGCCGCGAUUGUGAUGCGGAACGGGUUUAUCCCCUUUGGGGAUUCCCCAAUGCCUCUCUCCAUUUUUUUUUGGAUAGGUCUUUUGCUUUGCCCCGUCAUCCGUUCGUCUUACCUCCCCAUUUGGCCCGGUCCUUAGGAUCCUGAGCUGGGCUCGGCCGCGAUUGUGAUGCGAAACGGGUUUAUCCCCUUUGGGGAUUCCCCGGUCUUUGUCCCGUCAUCCGUUCGUCUUACCUGCCCAUUUGGCCCGGUCCUUAGGAUCCUGAGCUGGGUUCGGCCGCGAUUGUGAUGCGGAACAGGUUUAUCCCCUUUGGGGAUUCCCCGGUCUUUGUCCCGUCAUCCGUUCGUCUUACCUGCCCAUUUGGUCUGGUCCUUAGGAUCCUGAGCUGGGCUCGGCCGCGAUUGUGAUGCGGAACGGGUUUAUCCCCUUUGGGGAUUCCCUGGUCUUUGUCCCGUCAUCCGUUCGUCUUACCUGCCCAUUUGGCCCGGUCCUUAGGAUCCUGAGCUGGGCUCAGCCGCGAUUGUGAUGCGGAACCGGUUUGUCCCCUUUGGGGAUUCCCCAAUGCCUCUCUCCAUUUUUUUGGAGAGGUCUUUUUGGAUUAUUAGUCCCGCCCGGCGGGGAAUGUUGGUUUCCCCUGGGAGGCUCGUAGUGUUUUUGUGAUGACGCUGUACACCAUGAUUUUAUCGUGGAAACCCGGAAAGGGAAAAACCACGGGACUUUUUGGGCUAAUGUCCAAGCCUCUUGUCUUUAUUAAUUUCUGCUGUUACAUUUGUAUGAACGUAAUACUUCUAGCGAAUCCUUCCCCCUGUCUCUUUUUUUUCAGGGGGCUAUUGGUAAAAUUUCUUCAGGUGCUCCACGUUCCAUAUGCCAGCGGAACGUCCCUCCAUAGUUUGUAAGAGGAACGUCCCCGCCGCCAAUCUCUUCUCGUAUACCCUGUACGGUCCUUCCCAACUCCUGGCCAUCUUGCCUCCUUCUAGCGGCUUGCUCUUCUCCCGCUUUCGUAACACCAAGUCUCCGACCCUGAUUUCUCUGACCUUUACUGCUUUGUUGAAAUACCUCUUGGUUGCCCGGUGGUACUCCUCCAUGCGCCGUGCGGCUAGGUCCCUCCUUUCCUCGAUGAAGUGCAACUCGGCCCUUAGGUUCUCCUCGUUCUGUCCUGGGUCGAAGUGCAGAGUCCGCUGCGUGGGCACCAGUACUUCGGUGGGGACCUUAGCCUGAAAACUGUAUGCUAGUGUGAACGGUGUUUCCCCGGUCGCCGUUCUUGGGGUUGUCCUGUAUGUCCACAGGACAUAAUUCAGCUGCUCCGGCCAGGUUGAGGAGUAGUCUUCUAGUUUCUUCUUUAUGCCAUCCAUGAUGGUUCGGUUCAUAUUUUCUACCUGGCCGUUUGCCUGUGGGUAUGCGACUGAAGCCUUUGAAUGCCGGAUACCCCACUUAGCCAAAUAUGCCUCAAAUCCCUUGCCGACGAACUGCCGGCCGUUGUCUGUGAUGAUCUGUUCCGGGAUGCCGAACCGACACAAUACGUUCUGCCAUAUGAACCGUUGGCAUUGGAACUCAGUGAUGUUCUUCAAGGGUUCGGCCUCCACCCACUUUGUAAAAUAAUCAAUGGCCACUAUUAUGAAUUUCUUCCCGCCGGUCGUCCUGAGAAGGGGUCCUAGCAGAUCUAUCCCCCAUCUCGCAAAUGGCAGGGCGACGGUCAUUGGUGUGUAGAAAUUGGCCGGUCUCCCUGGCAUUGGUGCGUACUGCUAGCACACCGCGCAUCUCUGGGUGUGAUUGAAGCAGUCCCGUUGGAUGGUUGGCCAGUAGUACCCCUGUAGGAUGAUCUUCCUUGCCAGUGUGCGGGGCCCUUGGUGGCUGGAACAGAUGCCCUCGUGGAUUUCCUCCAUGACUGACGCUGCCAAGUCCGGCGCUAGGCAUCUGAGAUAUGGCCCGCCGAACGUCUUUUUAUACAACUCACCCCCAAUGAUCUCAAAGCUUGCUGCCCGUCUUUUCACCCAUGGGGCCCUUCCGGAGGUGCGUCCAUCUUUCUCGAGGGGGAGGGUCCCAUCUUUGAGAUAAUCUGUCACCUCCUUUACCCAAUUGGGAUCUGCAUAAGACACAGCAUUUACCUGGAUCAUUUAUGUUGCCGGUCGGAGCAGUGCCUCCUGUCUCGCAAAAUUCCGGAUAUGUUGUGGGACGGCUACCGCCUGUUCCCCGGGCAGGGGAUUGCCUAGCUUGGAUAGGAUGUCAGCUUCGGCAUUCUCCACCCGAGGUACUAGGUCUAUGAUCACCUGUUCGACAAGUGGUGAGGAGAGGUACGUCUUGAAUUCUUCAAAAGCUGUCUGACAUUCCGGCGUCCAUUCAAAUGGGCUGGCCUUCUUCAUGAUCUGAAAGAAAGGGAUCGCCCGAUCGGCCAGUUUUGACAUAAACCGGCUUAGUGACGUCAGGCGCCCCGUGAGUCUCUGUACAUAUUUCAAAUUUUUGGGAGCCUCCAUGUCCACGAUGGCCUUGACCUUCUCGGGAUUAGGCUCGAUUCCCCGCUCGCUCAUCAUGUAACCAAGAAACUUCCCUCCUCUGACGGCAAAAGCACACUUCUUUGGAUUCAGCCUCAUGUUCGCCCCCUCCAUAAUGGUGAAAACCCGCUCCAUGUCUUGUACAUGAUCCUCCUUUUUCCUGCUUUUGAUCAGGAUAUCGUCGACGUACGCCUCCAUGAUCUUCCCGAGGACGUCCUUGAAUAAUAUCCCGAUCAUUCUUUGGAAGGUGGCCAUUGCGUUCCUUAAUCCGAACGGCAUGACCACAUAGCAGUACACCCCGUCUGAGGUGACGAAUGCAGUUUUCUCGGCGUCAUCUGGGUGCAUGAAUACCUGAUGAUAUCACCUGAAGGCAUCCAUAAAGCUUAACAGCUCGCACCCUGCGGUUUCAUCCACCAAGAGGUCAAUCCUCGGAACGGGAUAUGGGUCCAUCGGGCAAGCCUUGUUGAGGUCGGAGUCAUCGACGCACAUACGCCAGGUAGUCCCCUUCGGAGCCAAGACGACGUUGGAGAGCCAUUCCACGUGCAUGACAGGUCGUAUGUGGCGUAUGUCCAGCAGGGUGGUGACUUCCACUUUGAUGAAGUCUCUUCUCUCGACUGCCAUAUAUCUCUUCUUCUGUUGCACAGGUCAGGCAUCCGGCCGAACGGCCAAUCGGUGACCGAUGAUGCUGGGAUCAAUCUCUGGCAUGUCCUCCGGUCCCCUGGCAAAUAGAAUCUUGAACCUGUGGAGGGUCAUGAUUACCCCCUCCCGGAUUUCUGGCUCCAAACCGGUCCCAAUGGACACCUUCCGGUCGGAAGGAUCAUCCAGUUCCACCUCCUCCAGCAAGGUAGCUGGCUCUGGUCGGAACAUGGCAUCUUCCUGUCGGGCCGUUUCCGCAAUGUUGUUAACCAUCAUGUCCUUCUCUGUCAUCCGCUUCACCGCCUCCUUGUAACAUGCCCUUGCCGUAUCUGGGUCCGUACGGGCCACACCCACCCCAGUUUCCGUGGGGAAUUUUAUGCAGGAGUGCCGUACGGAGCAUAUGGCCUCCAAGUCCUCUAGUCCAGGUCGUCCCAGAAUGGCGUUGUGGGCGCAUUUGAGCCGCACCACCACAAACGUCAUGGGAAUCAUUGCCCUGUGCUCUCCGCCCCCGAUUUCAACCGGCAGGAUGAUGGUCCCUUCUGCAUCGAUGCUGUGACCGGUGAAACCGGCCAGGGGUGUCCGAAGGGGGCUCAGAUCGGCCCUUCCUAGGUGCAUUUUUUUGAACACGUCCCAAUAGAGGACAUUGACGCUGCUUCCUGUAUCAACCAGUACUCGUCGGAUUAUCCACUCCCGGAUAUCCAUGCUGACUACCAGCUCAUCCUGUGCGGCCCUGGGGUCUGCGGCAAAUCCGCUGCCCCAAAUGUGAUGGGUUCAACCUUAUGUUUCUUGGCGAGGGGUGCAGAGAUAGAAUUUAUCCGGAGGGCUCUUUCAAACUUCUUCCUCUCCGUCGGGGUAUCCCCAGUUUCCGCUCCUCCGAAAAUCAUUUUGAUUUCCAUCUUCUUCUUGGAGCCGACCGGCCCGAGUGAUGCCUCUGGCCUUUUGUCGCCAUGGCGGAAAUCAUCCUCCUUGACUCCGGCCUCUCGCCGAUCAUCCCGGCGCCAGCUGUAGGGCCUCCUAUGCUGUUGCGAGGGCCCCUGAUAUGCUCCCCCCAUGGUGAAUUCACCCAGAUACCCUCUAUCAAUGAGCUUCUGGAUGGCGUACUUCAGACUUUUACAGUCGUCCGUACGGUGUCCCUGUUUGCGGUGGUAUUCACAAUAUGAUCCCGCGUCCCGGCCCAUCAUGAGCCCCUUCGUAGGUACCGGCUCCUUGAGCAGCCCUUGAUCCUUGAUGGCCCCAAAGAUUUGGCUGAUUGGGUAGGCCAGGGGUGCUGGCCCUAGGUUCAUAGGGGGGCCAUCCCCCGUGCGUUCCUGUGCGGCCCACGGGACAUACCCGCCGACCGUCUUCUUCUUUUUCAGGGGUGGUGAUUCCACUGGUCCGGGACCCAGCCGAUCUGACGCCUUGCACGCAGCGGGGUUUGAUGCUCCGUCCCGCUGUGAGACCUCCUCCUCUAUUGCCGCGAAUUUGUGCGCGCGGGUCAGAACCUCGGCGUAGUUGUUCCCGGGGUUCCUCUUUAAAUCCAGAUAGAGGUCCCCGGUCGCCAGUGCAUUGGUGAAGAGGGUGAUCUCGGUGCUCUCCGGGAGAUCUUCCACCUUCAAUGUCUCAUCCCUCCACCUGAUCAUGAAGGCAGAUAUGGACUCCCCCUUAUUCUGGUGGACGUUCGUCAGCCAACUGAAGUGUUUUUUCGGUGUGGAGCUGGAGGCGAACUGAGCCAUGAACUGCCGGGAGAGUUGUUCAAAGUUGUCGAUAGAUCCGGGCCUGAGCUGCCCGAACCACUCCUGUGCUGGCCCUUUAAGGGUGCUGAAGAAAAGCCUGCACACAGCCUCAUCGGAGGCUCCCAACAUGGAGAGUGUCCCUUGAUAAGACAGUAGAUGGGCUUUGGGGUCCCCGGCUCCGUCAUAAGUUAAUGUUCCAGGGGGGCGAACGUCCCGCGCAAUGUCCAUCGCCAUAACUCUGUCGGUGAAGGGUGGUGAAAGAGCAAUCAUGGGUUGGGCCUGAGCGUUCUCCGUCCGGCGAUUAAGCUCAUUUAUUUGCCUCUGCAUAUCCAGGAGCAUGGCAUCCCGUGGGUCAGUCCCAACAGGCGCGGGGGCUACUGCUGCCAAGGCGUCUCCUCUUGGUACAACGCCCUGAUUGUGCUGGCCAAAGUGCAUUAUGUUCUCCGCCGCUAUGCCGCUCAGUACGGGGGUAUGCUCCCUAGCCGUUCCUCCUCCGCGGGGCAUGACUGGCGUGGGGUCCUGAAACGUGUGGCGUUGUGCUCCUCUGAAGGGCCUAGCCCCUGUGACCCCCCCCCCCCCCCUACCCGGAGGGCGGGUGUUCUGGGUUAUUCUGGAAUGGACCGAACAGCGGGGAUUGCUAUUCUCGCCCGUGUGUUCGGUGAAAGACUGCAUGGGACGGACGGGUGAGAGCUGGGUGCGCUCAGUAUUGGCGGUGUACACGUGUUCUUCCUCCCGCUGAUCCGCCAGUCGGCGGAUAGUAUCCGCGAUAUCUCGCAAUGCAUGGGGGUCCCUGCGGAGUUCUUGUGGGAUCAGGUCGGUGAGCAUCCCAAGGUCCCCUCGGCUCCAUAGGCUAGUGGAUUGGGCCCCUGCCGCCUGGUUACGGCUCCUCCUGCUUUGAGCCAGUCGUGAUGAUAGAUCUUGAGAAUUGCCCGCGUUAUUAGUAUUCAUUUUGUUUGCCUUUCUGUUGUCUUAGAAGUUUUAAAUGGAGAGCUUGGAAAAAGAGCUUUUUGAUCAGCUUCCCACAGACGACGCCAGUGUUGAGGUUUAUUCCCCUCAACCCGCAGGCCCAACACGUACCUGGGGUUUCGAAUGGGUGGAAAGCAAAUGAAUUUACUAAAACAACGGGGAUGGAUUAAGUGACUGUUUCCUUCAAUAUAAUGACUACAAGCUGAAGGGCCAAACGUACUGAAAAUAAGCUACGUAAUGCUGACGUUAUUACAACUCUAGAGUAACGAUGUCUGAACCCCUUUCAAUGAAAUAAAUGCGGCUAUUUAUAGUACAUCCUGGUAGUUGGGGGGCUGACGUGGCCGGCUGUGGGCGACAUGAUUCCGACCACCAAAUCUUCAGCAUUAAAUGCGCUUCCCGCCAAAAUCUUGGUUUCCCGCCAUAAUGCGGGGGACGUCCGUCCCCUAAAGUGAACCCAACUCUUUGAUGGCAACCUGGGCCUUCAAAUAUAGCCUACGAGACGUCCAUCCCCAGAUCCUUGGACCCUGAGGCCUGGCUAUGCUGGGCUACGUACGUCCCCUGGCCCUUGGACCUUGAGGCCUGCCUGUGGUGGGCCACGUACGUCCCUUGGCCCUUGGGCUUCAGGGGUUGAUGGGCCGGCCCUGGAAGGCCAUUAACCCAACAGUAUGAAAGCAUGUAGAAUCUAAAUAACUGAGCCACUUGUUGUGUCUACCAAGAUUUUUUUGGAAGACUUGUUUUUAAUGAAUUGGGGCAUUUUAGAGGAAGACGUGCACUUAAAAAAACGUUUGACAGAGAAAUGAAAAAUCACUUUUAACCAUGAAAAAUGCAAUUUUAAUGCUUAUUUUAGAAAUAAUUUUGAAUUUUUUGUUUUCAAUGCACUAUGUUUUUUUUAUUUAUUUUUCUAGUAUGUUGCAAUUCCCAUUUGAAAAUAUAUACAUGCACAUACACACAUAUUCUACAAUCUUAAUGUUUAUCAGAAUAUAAAAAUCAUUAUAGUACUUUUUUUACUCCCUCCGUCCCAAUUUGAUUUGCAAAAUUUCCUAUUUUGGUUGUCCCAAAAUGAUUUUUCACUUUCUAUUUUAGGUACGUAAAUAAGAAUAAAGUGACAAAUUUACCCUUACUUUUACUUUUUUCCAUUAACAUAAAGACAUCUACUUUUAGGAAGAUGGGCAAAAGUGUAAAAAACAAGUAUCAUUUAUUGUCACUCCUUAAUCCUUGUGUCAGUCAAAGUUUGCAAUUCAAUUCGAGACGGAGGGAGUAUUAAAUUAUAUGCUCUCAAUGUAAUUUUACAUUCUUCAGCCAAUCUUUAACUCUUUUUAUCAAACGGGUUGUUUCAUUCAAUUAGCAGCUCACGUUCAGUACUUCAAAGUUCAUUACAGGACAACGGUAUGCAAUUCAAACAAUAGCCCUUAAGUUAGACAUUAGUCUUUAACUAUAGCUCAUAUCGUCAAACAUAGCUUAAAUAGAAAACUUCAGAGGUAUACAUAUAUAAAUUCUUUCUAGAGCCGGUUUUUAGGAAGUUCAAUGGGUUCUACAUAACAUAACCUCUCAAUUUAUAGGGCCCCAAUUUUUAAAAGUUUAUUAGUAUUAUAUAGUAAUAUUUUAUAUUAAUAAUAAUCAGUAAAAUACACUUAGUAAGGAUGAAAAAUACAAUAAUGUCAUUUUUUGUCAGUCCUUUUACUCCUCUUUACUUAGAUUGCAUGAGUGAUGAGUUGUGUUGCUUUAAAUCAAAUAUUAAGUUUUAGAAUUUUUUAUUAUUAUUUAAUGAGUAUUCAAAUGAUUUGAGUAUAAGUAUUUAGAUUGAUUUUUUCAUUAAUGUGGAGCCAUGAUUUUACAUUUGAAACCGAGACUUCCAAAUUGAUUAGAGGGCCUUGAUUCUUGCGAUUUGAAGUCUGACAUAGCUAUAAGAUUGAGGUAAGGGUCAGAUUGGUCUUUGAAGUUGCAUAAAAAGGGUCAAAUAAGCUAUGUCAAUUUCGAGGACCAAUCUGACUCUUACCUCAAUCUUAUAGCUAUGUCCACCAACUAAUAAGAUAUCGAAAUAUAGCAUUGACAUAGAAUUUCUACCAAAGUAAUAACAACUUAUGUAAAAUAUACUUAACUUUUAUAUAUUUUGUAAGCCAUUUCAAAAACACUCAACAUAUUAUACAUUACAUAAAACUCAAAAAAUUAUGAACCCACGUCCAAUUAAUUCCUUUUGGUCGACUACCAUGACAGACUUACAGAGUGUUCGGGUUCCACUUCAUUAAUACAUGGGAAGAUGUAGUGGGACUCCCCAUGUCUAUAGCUUCAGACGCCCACAAAUGAACUGCCCACAAUUCCAGAAUUUGUUAUUCCUAAAGUUUCAUAUACUAACUGCGUUUCUUUUGCUUCUAUUUCAUCCUAUACAACUAACUUCACAUACUAACUGCAUACUAUCUGAUUUCUUCUGAAAAAAAAAAACAUCCCAAACUUUACUCCAAGCUUUGCUUUAGAAAUCAUCAAAUGCUUCUGGUGAACUCAGAAUCAUCUGUGGAAGCUCCAAUGAUUCCUUUUGAGCUCCUUGACUGUCCUUCAAAGAGAGGUGUAGGGGAAGCUAGAACAUUCUUUCCUGCCAUUAAUCCGAAGCUCAUUCAUUUCGAUGAUAUAUGCUCAUUGACCAAAGGUGGUGGUGUGAGUUUAGAGGAGGACCAUUCAGCUGAUUCGUGUAGAGGAAGGAAGCAUUACCGUCCAGGUGAAUGUGGGUUAGAAGAAGAGCAGGAAAGGAGCAGCAAGCAGAGUGCAGCUUAUAAGGAGGAGGAGGAUUUAUCAGAGAUGUUUGAUAAGGUUUUGAUGUGUACUGAUGAUCAUGCCGAUGGUCCAUCUGGAGCGUGCAAACAACAGAAAGAGCGAAAUGGUCGCAAGAGUCGUUCAAAUAAACGAGGAAAUGAUAAUGAAAUUGUUGAUCUCCAGUCUCUUUUGAUUAGUUGCGCAAAAUCUGUUGCUUCUGGUGAUUACGGGGCUGCAGUAGAGCAACUAAAGAAGGUCAGGCAGUACUCUUCGCCUGUAGGUGACGCAAACCAAAGGGUGGCACAUGCAUUUGCUGAUGGUCUUGAGGCCCGGAUAGCUGGAACUGGGGCGCAACUUUAUCCUUCAUCAUCAUAUCACAAUAAGAUCCCAAUUUCCGAAAUGCAGAAAUCCCAUUUGUCAUCAUCCUUGCCAUUUAUGAGGAUAUUAAUCUUUUUUGCGAAUAAAAUGAUUUACAAAGUAGCGUCAAGAGGUGCAUCACUGCACGUUAUAGAUUAUGGUAUUCUGCAUGGCAUCCAAUGGCCCACUCUUAUUCGAGACCUUUCACAAAGACCCGGUGGCCCUCCAAGACUCCGAAUAACUGGGAUUGAGCUUCCCCAACCUGGUUUUCGUCCAUCACAAAUGAUAGUGAACACUGGUUAUCGUUUGACUAAAUAUUGUGAGCGUUUUGGAGUACCAUUUGAAUACAACCCCAUAACAGCAAAGAGGUGGGAGGCAAUUAAGAUUGAUGACUUGAAACUCACGAGGGGUGAGGUGGUUGCUGUUAACUGUAAUGCUCGACUAAAAAGCCUACUAGACGAGACCGUAUGUGGUGCAAACAACCCCAAGGACGGUGUUUUAAACUUCAUCCAGGAAGUAAACCCUCAUAUUUUUGUGCAUUCUGUGCUUAGUGCAUCUCACAACUCUCCUUUCUUUCUCAAUCGGUUCCGAGAGGCUCUCUUCUUCUACUCUGCUCUCUUUGAUAUGUUUGAAGCUAUUUUCUCAAACAAUGAUAGUCAAAGGUUGAACUUUGAACAAGCAUUUAUGGGGUCUUCAAUAGCAAAUAUUGUAGCAUGCGAGGGAAAGGAAAGGUUAGAGAGGCCUGAAACAUACAAGCAGUGGCAAAGUCGCACUAUGAGGGCUGGAUUCAAGCCUGUGCCUAAGUAAAAGCAUCAUCAGUAAUUCCUGUAUAGCCAUAGAAGAUGGAGAUUUUGUCAUUCGAGCACUCACUCUGGAUGUUGGACCUGGCUACGUGCAAAUACGAGAAGAGGGGUAUGAACAGGUGAUUGACCCAGACAAGUUGAGCAUUCGGCGCAAGGCUAUCUAGGAAGAUGCAGGGGGUUAUAUGGUUGAAGGUCAAGAAGAUGAACCAAGAAAGCGUAGAGUGAUAGAGCCGCUCGGCAAGGGGAGAAGACAUCCAAGCAAGAAGGGAAGUGGAUGGUGAGGAUCCAAAAAAUAUGCAGGUGAUGCUUUCCAGGUUCAGUGAUUGGGAUUUCUGUGGAGAAGGGCACAUCCUACUAGUACCUUUGGCGGGUGUUGGAAAACCGCAAAUUCUUUUCCGGGGCUGCAAAAUCGGGUCUUUUUCUCUUUGUCUUUUCUUUUGUUCUCAAGACAGUUAUGGUGUUGAUAGGGUUAGCGAAAUGGAUAGCUAAGACCAUGUGUAGGUUUGGGAUUAGGAGUCAAAAGAUUAAAUAUGGAGAUUUUUGACUCUUAAAUUGGUGUAGUG